UGACCAUUUUUCUAGAUACCAUUACUAUCAUUGCCAUGCUAGUAUUCGUUUCUAUCGCUAUGUAUCGUUGCCUAUCACAUGUUACAAUGUCUAGAUCGUGAAUGACGCGUAUUGUCGUGCCCGUUUAUUAGGAAUCUUAAAUAAAAAAGGGUUGCAAUGUUACAAACAUGGAGUUGGUUUUAUUUCUUGACAUAAUAAAGGUGACAUUGUUUCAGUUUGGCUGGCAUGGGUCUUUUUGUGCGCUGCACAUGCAACCAGCCCAAUCGAAAGCAGUGCUUCAAAUUGAAUAAAUUCGUUCUGGACAAGUGAAUUGAUAAUCCUUUAUCUACAGGGUGAAAUACUAGACGGGAAGAUUGUCACGAUCAUGUAUACUUAUGGGUUAGCAAGACCUUUUUCUAGCACUGUUUCCAGGGAGCAUAGCUUUAUUUAUUGUGUUGACUUAAGGAUAUCCAAUUGCCACUAUGAUGAAUCUAGAAGAUAAUCCAGCUAAGAGCGUCCCCUCUCGCACGAGAGAAGGAACCUAUUCGAAAGAAGAUAGAUAUUCCAUUCCUCGGCCCUAAAGAUGUGCAAGAAGCAAAAAAGAUCUAUCAAAGAGAAAGGUAUUAAAAUUGAUUGAGGAUGUGAAGAAAAUUACCACCGAUUGAAGAAAUACAUGGACUUGAUACUCCAACACAGGUAGUAGAGCAAUGGAGGGAAUGUAUCUUCUUAAUCCGGACGUUGAUAGUAAGCAUCGUGCUUCGCUAUUAACUGAGCACAAGCUCGUACCACUUGUCACUCGUACUGCUAAGGUGGACUGGAGUAUACAUCCGCUGUGGGUUGAAAGACUCAAAUGGGCUGGGCUUUUACCGUUCGCACGUCUAGUUGAGGCCACUGAGACGUCGCGGCACCUCAGCAUUGACUCUUCUUUGCUCACUUGCUUAGUGGACCGAUGGAGGCCUGAGACUCACACGUUCCGCUUCAGGUGGGGUGAGAUGGCUCCUACUCUAGAAGAUGUCUCAAUGUUGCUCGGACUUCCGUUGGCGGGAAAUGCGGUAGGACUGUUGGAGGACCCGCCAGAUUGGCAACAAACUUUGGCAGCACGUUUCUUCAAUAUAUAUGAUGGGGCUCCAAUACUGGCGUCAGAGGCGCACGGACCUAAGUAUGACUGGUUACAACAUUUCAGGAUCGAGAGAUUUCCAGGUUAUUCACAAGUCCCUUUGAGUGCUAUACAGAUUACUCGUAGCCUGGAGGCAUACCUAUUGUGGCUUCUCGGGAAGGUGAUGUUCACAGAGAACCAUGUCACUACUUUGAGUGCGCGUUACAUCCCCAUUGCACUGGAAAUCGCGACUGCUGAGUUAGCUGAACAGAUCACACCGAGGAGUUGGGGAUCCGCGGUAUUAGCUGCUACGUACCGAGGUAUGUGCAACAGUUGUCAUCUUUCCACGUCCAAGUCGGCCAUUCUUGGUUGCCCGCUGUUUUUACAACUGUGGUCCUGGGAGAGGUUCUCUAUUGGACGACCAAACAUAGAUGUGGACCACAGUUAUCAUGUGGGCAACAUGCUUGAUGGUGAUGACAUCGACUUGCCAACUUUCGGCCUGUGUUGGACGUGUCGCAAGAGACGGUAUGCUAGUGAACAGACUAGGCGAGCCUACACUACACUAAAUGAGCAGUCUGAUACGUACACGGGAGUUAUUUGGCAACCGUACACGGAAGUAGUCAGAAUUUUUAGAUAUCCCGGUGGUAUUUCUGUGCUAUGCACGAGAGAUCGGGGUUACUGGAUGACAAAAUCGAAGAUUAUCUUCGAUGUCUUUGUUGAGGAGAUGGCGCAGCAGCGCAUUAUGAGACAGUUCGGUCUUCGGCAGUUGACUCCUCCACCCAACACAGACAACCUGCUCUCAGUAGUAGUCCACAGGAUGACAAGGAAGGGAACCAAUAGGACACGGGCUCAGUGGCUACAAAGGCUUGAAGAGUAUGUUUUAGAAUGGGAAAUUGCCACUAAACGUAGGUGGCAUGAACAACAAGCAUUUGAUCUCGCUGAAUACAAUGCAUAUUUGGAGGGGUACAUGAGAGGAACACGAUUACGCAUUGUUCAGCACUCCAAUACAGAUGAGAUUCCGGACCCGCAUACGUGUGAUACGUACCCGACGUAUGAUACUUCUGGCUCCAGGCAGUAUGCGGGUGAGUUGGCAUACAGUCUUCAUACUGACGUGAUGAACUUUGAUCGACAAUUGUCAUCUGCAUCUCUUAUGGUACCUCGGUCUCAGAUUCAACCAUGGCUCAAGAGGCUCGAGCAGAGGAUAAGAGAUAUCUAUAAAGCUAUCACGUGCACGCGCACUUCGGAUGUUGUGCAUCACCAGCCGCAGCCUACGCCGGUGCCGCGUCACUCCGUGCAUCGACAUCAGCCACGUCCACGUCUACAAGGAGUGGAACCGACGCCACAUCCACCCCCACCUGACCAGCCUGGCAGUUCAGCGUGGCAUCAGCCACAGCACCACGCUUCAUCAUCGAGCUUCAUGUUUCAGCCAACUCCGCAACAUCACAAUCCUACUCCUGGUUUCAUGUAUCAUCCACAUCCAACAGGUAUGGUCCCUCCUGCAUAUCAUGGUGUGUCGGCGUCCGGAUCUGGGUUAGGGAGUGAACCAGAUGAGCUACCAUCGCACCAAAACAUGUGGUUGGACAUGUUUUCUACUCCUCCACCGUGGCCCACACAGGAUACACAGUAUGACCAGGGUGGAUCCGAGAUUCCUCCUUGUAACAUUAGCCCCCCCCCCCACAUGUGGGGAUGGAGUACACCCCCCACACCCCCAGAGCGCCAACCGAGACGUCGUGAGUGAAGCAAACUCUUUGCCCUGCUAUGUAUCACUUCAGACUUAUGUCUAUUUUAUGUAAGAAACUUAUGUGUAUUUUAUGUAUGAGACUUAUGUGUAUUUUAUCUA